ACAGAACCCAUCGCGCCACUAGCUCGCUGAGAGGGGGGAGAGAGCAGUGAGUUCCGGAGCUCAGCCUAGGCGGGCCAAACCUUUGCUCCAGAGAUCAUGGCUGCCGAGGAUGUGGUGGCGACAGGCGCUGAGUCGAGCGAGCUGGAGGGCGGCGGGCUGCUGCAGGAGAUUUUCACAUCGCCGCUCAACCUGCUGCUGCUUAGCCUCUGCAUCUUCCUGCUCUACAAGAUUGUACGCGGGGAUCAGCCGAGUGCCAGCGGCGACAGCGACGACGAUGAGCCGCCCCCACUUCCCCGCCUCAAGCGGCGUGACUUCACCCCAGCCGAGCUGCGGCGUUUCGAUGGCGUCCAGGACCCGCGCAUACUCAUGGCCAUCAACGGCAAGGUGUUCGACGUGACCAAAGGCCGCAAGUUCUACGGCCCCGAGGGACCAUAUGGAGUCUUUGCCGGAAGAGAUGCAUCCAGGGGCCUUGCCACAUUUUGCCUGGAUAAGGAAGCACUGAAGGAUGAGUAUGAUGAUCUCUCUGACCUCACACCUUCCCAGCAGGAGAGUCUGAAUGACUGGGACUCUCAGUUCACUUUCAAGUAUCAUCAUGUGGGCAAGCUGCUGAAAGAAGGGGAGGAACCCACUGUGUACUCAGAUGAGGAUGAAACAAAAGAUGAGAAUGCUCGGAAAAAUGAUUAAAGCACCCAGUGGAAGCAUAUCUAUUUUUGUAUUUUUCAGAACCAUUUGUAACAUUCCAGUCUGUCUUUAAAACAUGGUGAUUUCAAUAUUUAGGAAAGUUUGAACUUGCUGUAAAUUUUUUAGUUAACAUCACUAGUGACACUGAUAAAAUUAACUUCUUAGACUGCAUGAGAUGUUUAUAUGUCACAAAUCUAGAAAGUGAACUGCAGUGCUAUAAUGCAAAUGUUAAUACUGUUUUUCUUCUAUAUGUAGUUACUACAAGCUGAAUUUAAAUUUUUUUUUCAGAGUGACAGAUAAGACUUGGUUAUUUCCACAGACAGGUAAAAAUGUUAAAUGUGCACCAAGAACAAAGGAUCAACUUGCAGUCAUGAUAUUUUCUAAAUAAAUCCUUUUUAUUCAAUUGACUUAACUGCAUGAUUGAUCUACCUCUAAAGCAAAUCUGCAGUAUUCCAAAGCCUUUGGUAUAAAGACAGCCGUCUAGUAACAAAAGGAAAUCUCAAUGCUGGGCUCAAUUAGGAGAAAUAUUUACUAUGUUUCUGGACCACUUUGUGGUACUGAUCCUCCUAUAGCCAUACAAACAGCAAUAUACAGUUAGGAUUAAAACAAGAUCUGAACAUUUACAAGACAGCCUUGAAAAAAAAUCCCUAAAUACAUGAAGAAGAUUGUAGGACUGGUUUCCCAAUCUCCAUGUUCUUAGCAGGGUAGUGGUUAUUUGACAACAUGUUAAGUGCAAGAGGGGCAUACAGAACAGGAUCAGGUUUGUGCUUUCCUGAGAGCCUAUGUUCACACCCCUGAAGAAUGAGGAAAGAGUACAUGUCACUAACCAAGUGAUUUUUUAAAUAUAUUCAUAAGGUAACAGUUUCCUUCUGUCAUUGUAAAACUAGCCACUUCUAAAGUAGUAACCAAGUGUCUAGGUCUUGGAUAGUACUCUUGGUUAACACUAAACCUAGCUUAAGUAGACUCUACAGUUGUAUGACUUUGUAAAAAUAUUAAAUGAACAAGUGAGGUUGUAAUUGUAGUUAAAUAGUCAUUGUAUUUUCUUGUGAGAUGUGUUUAAUGGUUUUACCUCAAAUCAGAAAAGAAAAUGAAGUGCUUUGGUGAGUUAAUAAAAUGAUUUUACCCAGUG